AUGACUCUCACCGCAGACGACUACAAAAUCCACAUUGGCAUCGUGGACAAGGGUCCCCACCUCGACCCAGCAGAGUACGUCGUAUCCCUGCACAAGCUAGACCGCACAGUAUGUCACUUGUUCUUCGCACCGCCGUCUCGCAAAGAUCCAUCUGGACCUCGGGUGAAGGCUUUAGAAACAUGGGGUCGCAACGAGGCAAACCAUAGACACUGCGCUAACCUCCGGGAUAAGAAGUUUGUUGCAUACCUCAGGUACAGGGAUUUCCGUCUCUUUUGUAAAUGCUUCGAGUCUGUCGAAGGCUUUGAAAGCCAGUUCACUAUCUUUCGCUUCCUGUGGAGAUGUGUGGACGAGCACAUCCUCAGGGAAGAGGAUGUUUGGAAUGUUAUGCCGAACUUUGAGUUUGGGCCUGAGAGUCGGCGGUAUAUUGACUGUAGUAGGUAA